AGGCGGGAGCAGGAGGGGCCGUUGACGAGUCGGUUCUCCCGGAUUCGCCCGUCCCGUUUCCCCUCCGGGGAGGAAUGGCCGGGACUUGGGCGGGGGAGGCUGCGGGGGGAGGCUUUGAAGACGGGGCAGGGGGAUAAAAACGCGACCUCCCCUCCGUUUUCUCCCCGGUUGCUUUAGACGCUGUUCGUUUCUCCUCAGGAGCGGGAAUUGAGGCGACGGAGGCGACGCCGAAGGGGCCCCCACCUCGAGGGCGGCGGUUUGCAGUCAUGGACGAGCAAAGUGUUGAGAGUAUUGCUGAAGUAUUUCGAUGUUUCAUUUGUAUGGAAAAGUUGCGUGAUGCGCGCCUGUGUCCACACUGCUCUAAACUAUGUUGUUUCAGUUGCAUUCGGCGUUGGCUGACAGAACAAAGAGCUCAGUGCCCACAUUGUCGAGCUCCACUUCAGUUGCGAGAACUUGUUAACUGUCGUUGGGCAGAGGAGGUGACCCAGCAGCUUGACACACUCCAGUUAUGUAAUCUGAACAAGCAUGAAGAAAACGAAAAAGACAAGUGCGAAAAUCAUCACGAAAAGCUUAGUGUAUUUUGCUGGACGUGUAAGAAGUGUAUCUGCCACCAGUGUGCACUUUGGGGUGGAAUGCAUGGUGGGCAUACUUUCAAGCCCUUGGCAGAAAUUUAUGAGCAACACGUCACAAAAGUGAAUGAAGAGGUGGCAAAGCUUCGCCGAAGACUCAUGGAGUUGAUAAGUUUGGUGCAAGAAGUGGAAAGGAAUGUUGAAGCAGUACGCAGUGCAAAAGAUGAACGUGUUCGGGAAAUCAGAAAUGCAGUGGAGAUGAUGAUUGCUAGGUUAGAUACCCAGCUGAAGAAUAAACUUAUAACACUAAUGGGUCAGAAGACAUCACUCACGCAAGAAACGGAGCUUCUGGAGUCUUUACUGCAAGAAGUAGAACAUCAGCUGCGGUCGUGCAGUAAAAGUGAACUGAUAGCAAAAAGCUCCGAGAUUUUAAUGAUGUUCCAGCAGGUCCAUCGGAAGCCCAUGGCCUCUUUUGUCACCACUCCUGUCCCUCCAGACUUCACAAGUGAGUUAGUUCCUGCUUAUGACUCAACUACCUUUGUCUUGGAGAAUUUUAGCACUUUACGCCAGCGAGCAGAUCCAGUUUACAGUCCACCACUUCAGAUUUCUGGGCUUUGCUGGAGACUAAAAGUGUAUCCAGAUGGAAAUGGAGUGGUACGCGGCUACUAUUUAUCGGUAUUUCUUGAGCUCUCAGCUGGAUUGCCAGAAACAUCCAAAUAUGAAUACCGUGUUGAGAUGGUUCACCAAUCUACUAACGAUCCUGCAAAAAACAUCAUUAGAGAAUUUGCAUCUGAUUUUGAAGUUGGAGAAUGCUGGGGUUACAACAGGUUUUUCCGACUGGAUUUGCUUGCAAAUGAAGGCUACUUGAACAGGCAGAAUGACACUGUUAUAUUACGGUUCCAGGUGCGUUCACCUACUUUUUUCCAGAAAUGUCGGGAUCAACACUGGUACAUUUCUCAGCUGGAAGCUGCUCAAACAAGCUAUGUCCAACAAAUAAAUAAUCUGAAAGAGAGGCUCGCGAUUGAGCUUUCCCGGACACAGAAAUCCCAUGGCGUCUCCCCUCCAGAUACUCACCUCAGCCCACAAAGCGAUGAUGGUCUGGAAACAAGACCCAAAAAACCAGGACCAAACUCAGAAGUGCUUCUUGAGGCUGUGGCCAACGCAGAACCACCCAGAGACACAAAAGAAGAAGAGGAGGAAAAACAUGAACUCUCAGAUGGGGAUCUGGAUGUUGAUCUUGUUGGGCCAGAGGAAGCAAAUCAUUUGGAUGGUAGCAGUUCCUCUGUUAGCUCAACAGCCACCAGCAACACGGAGGAAAACGAUAUCGACGAAGAGACCAUGUCUGGAGAGAAUGAUGUGGAAUACACUCACAACUUGGAGUUGGAGGAAGGGGACCUUGUGGAAGAAGCUACACCUGCCCCAGCAGGUGCCUCAGGUGGGAGCCAUGCAUAUCGCACAACAACCAGCCACAUGUCCAGGCGAGGAGGAGGUGCACUAAGUUCUUCUGCCAGUAGCAGCUUACUUGAUAUAGAUCCCUUGAUAUUAAUACAUUUGCUGGACCUGAAAGAUAGAAAUGGGAUGGAAAACCUGUGGGGUCUACAGCCACGCCCACCUGCCUCUCUUUUGCAGAAUAGAACAUCAUACUCUUUAAAAGAGAAAGACCAGCGGAGGCACCAGGCAAUGUGGCGUGUUCCACCAGAUCUGAAGAUGCUGAAGAGGUUGAAGAGCCAGAUGGCUGAAGUACGUAGUAAAAUGUCAGAUGUGAAGAACCAGCUAUCAGAGGUUCGGAGUAGCAGCACCACCUCUUCUGAUGGGCAGGCAACGUAUUCGUUCCCCGGGGACCAGGGAGCCUUGGCUGCUUGUGGGACAGAAGGCUACAACAAGCUUCAAGAACUUGGGAGGGAGCUGCUGACAAAAUCAUCCCUCUCUAGCUGCUGUAUUCGGAAUUCCACAAAUAAGAAAAACAAUUCAACUAAAGCUGGUCGCGCAGGGGCAGCAGGCAGCCUGUCUCUGCGAAGAGCAAUGGAUUGUGGCGAUGGAAAUAUACUUUUGAAGCCAGACUGUCAGCUUUCCUCUGAAGGUUGCCUAGGAAACUCAAAACCCAACAGUCGUCGUGGCUCCCCAAGAUCCUUGUCUUGUGCUUCAGAUCCCCUGUCUAAUACUGAAGACAGAAUAUGUGAGGUUUCUGAUUCCAACACGGGCGUUUCUGGUUUAAAUGGCAUAAUUGCUGUGGAAAAGGCCAGGAAAGGAAUAGCUGUGGGGCCUAAUUCAAAUCGAUGUUGCCUGGAAGCAACAGAGUCAGAUGAUUUGGAGAACAGCACUGAAUCCGGAGAGCUCCAAGUAGUCCCCUCUGAAGGGGCCUCUGCAAAUCUUGAGGAAGCUGGACUUUGCCAGAAGCAUGUCCUUCACCUCUUGCCAGGCAUGAGCAGUGACAGCGACAUUGAAUGUGACACAGAGAAUGAUGAACAGGAAGAUGCAGAGACUGCCUGUGGCGCCCCAGAGGUCUACACCCAGGCUUUCCAGACUCAGCCUUCAAGUGACGCCUCAGAAUUAUGCUCAGUUUUUCCGGAGGGUGACCAGAUAGGCCCUGAAGAUCUCCCCUUUGCCACAGGGAAGGACAGUGCAAGGUAAUACUGGGUUCUUCCUGCUGCAUCAGCUGAAAGUUUACAAGGAUUGGAUUUUUGGGGCUAAACAGUUUGCAAAGGAACUGCCUGUGUGAUACCAGCAAUUUGCUACCUGAGUGACUUCAUAGCAUCUGGAGGUUUGUGUGUUUGUCCUGCUCUUCCUCAUAGCUGAAAGCUGAUCGUGUAUGAGGAUGAAGUCUGGAUCAAAUAAGUAAAGUUCAGUGUACCUUUGAGACCUCCUGUGUUAGGGCACUGCUACCCUCCCUCCUUGAAGAAGGGUGAGAUCAUGCUGAAUCCUUGUUCUUCAGAACUGCCCCAAAUGCAUAAAGGCCUGUUUUUGCAUUUGGGAAGCUUUAAGGAACAAAAGUGGACUCCUGAAGUCUAGUAGAUGCUUGAAACUUCCAUGUCCCUUAGAGAAGCCCCACUCCCCAUACGGGCUGUGACUCCAUCUGCUUUUGGAGUGCACCCUCAGAACACUAGACAAAACCAUAUUGUGCUAACCCACUGUAAAGACUACUGAUUUCUUCUCUAAUCUGUCUUUAUCCUUUGUUAGUUUAUUUGACAUAGACUGCUUCUGAUAAGGAAUUACUCCAGUUUGUUCUGUUUCGUCCCAGAUAGAGCUUUUAGUGACUGGAGCGGUCUGAAGCUUGAUUAGUACUCAGUAGCUUGUUUCUUGAGGAUGGCAUCGCCCAGCAUUUUCUGCAAAUGCCUUACACAGACUUUUCCCGACCCUCUCCUCUGAAAAUCUAGCUGCGCUGGUUUUCCAGUUCCACUUAACAGAAACUUGCACCUGAUUUACCUCCAAAAGGUAUUUUAAGCUUAGCCAUAUUCCUCAGCGAUGACAAGGUUUAAGGGGACAAAGAGGGGACACUUCCCUGCUGCCAUUAUUUUAAAUGGUGUAACAUUGGUGUCUUAAGCUCCUUAAAUAUUUUCCAGAAGGAGUUUUCUCUCUCUCUCUCUCUCUCUCCCCCUCUCCAAAUUAGCCCAGUCCUGGCCAGUUGAAAAUAGACAGCCUUUUUCUGAUGUUCUGCAUUGCAUCUGAGCUACUGAAGGCAUUCGAUGAGUUUAUGCUUAAUUGGCUGUUCCCUUAAAAGCAUGUUAUCACUAUAUCAAUAUUACUUAAUGUAUCCUGGUGUAUUUAUCUUCUCCUGAAUGUCACACUUAACAGAAAUAUCCAUUUGUAAAUGUAAUGUUUGACAAAUGUAAAAAUUCAGGUGAAAACCGUUUGCACUCCUUUAAUUAAUAAAAUGAAUGUGGAA